UCGACCUCUAGGACGCUCGAUGCCGGAGGAUGUAUCGCUGGAGGCCGCGCGCUGCGGUGUGUGCUGCUGUAGCGCGCUCGGCCGCGCACUGGCGCUGCUCUUCAUGGUACUCUUGGCCGCCGCCACGCUGCUGGGGAACGCGCUGACCAUCGCGGUGCUGCUGGGCACGCGCCGUUAUCACACGCCGCACGGCUACCUGAAGGUGUCCUUGGCCGUGGCGGACCUGGCUGUGGGCACGCUGGUGGUGCCGCUGUCCGUGCACGCGGAGCUGGCGCUCGCGCUGGGCGGCCCGACGCCCACGUGGACGUCGCGCGCUACAGGCGCGGCGCUGCACCCGUGCGCGCUUGUGGGCCCCGUGUUCGCGGGCUGCACGCUCGUGUCCAUCAGCACCAUCUUCCUGCUGACGGUGGAGCGCGCGGUGGCCGUGCUGCGGCCGCUGCACCGCGACGCUGUGGUGACGCGCAGGCGCACGGGCGCGCUCAUCGCCCUCUCGUGGCUCGGCAGCUUCUUCCUCGCCGUGUCACCGCUGCUGUUCGGCCGCGACGUGGCGCUCGAGUACAAUCCGUGCAGCAGGAUGUGUACGUACACGCCGCGCGCCGCCGCCAGCGCGCUCCUGCUGUUCCCCGCCUUCGACUUCACGCUGCUGGCCGCCGCUGUGCUCGUGAACCUCGUGUCCCUGGGAAGUCUGCGCCGCCAGUCGCGCCGCAGGAGGCGUCUGGCCCUGAGCGAGCACGCGGGGGCGCGCAGUAUCCCCAGCAGAGCCGACGUCCGCGCGGCCAGGAGCAUCGGCGCGCUCACGCUGGCCUUCACCGCGUCCUUCAGCCCGGUGGCCGUGCUGGUGGUGGGCAACGCGCGCGGGAAUGAGUGGUGCAGCUUCUCCUUCUUCGCCUUCUGGGGGCUCGCGGCCAACAGCUGCUGGAACGUGGUGAUUUACAGCGCGCGAGAGAGGAGCUUCAGACAGCGCGCGCUCACACUGCUUACGUCUGCAGGGAUAAGAAGAGCUUCACACACCAUAGAUAAGAGACCUGUGUUUAAUGCAAAUGUUUGUGGACGGACACACCUCAUUACAAAUGCACUGAGCCCAAUUGCUGACACAGAUGUGCAAAUGCACACACAGCUUGUCUAGUAAAUGUAAAGAAUCAUUUCUAAAACAGAAACACUACACUACACUAUUUUUACUGUACCCUCACAAUAAUACUGGGAAAUCCUAGCAUUAAAAAAUGAAUCAUGAUUUUAUUACAUUUUUAAAGGUCACCUUCCGCGAAAAUCCGAUUUUUCUUGUUUUUUGUGGAAUACAGUAGGUUUCUCCGAGUUGAAUGUGUACACCUGCACAUUAAACUGUUUUGCAGCCCCCAUUGUCUGCAGGAGCUAAGCAAAGAAAUCCCCCCUCCCCCCCCUCCGAAAAACGGGUGAAUUUUGAAUUAUCUUUCUGCCUACAUAGGCAGAAACUCACAGACCAGCCCACCUUGGCUCGAGAAACUCCCAGAGGCGGAGCUGAAGCGACGCAACAUCACCGCUCAUCAGUUAGGAGGUGGGAGGCAGUGAGCGGCAGAGCGGUGGAGGGGCGUCGCAGUGCUCCUAGCCAAUCAGAGGAGAGAUAUUUGCAUGCUGUUUGCAUGUAUGAAUAUUCAUGAGCAAAGCUGGAAUCCGGUCAUUUUGGA